AUGUGUCGGCUGAGAACAUGCUACCUGCCGGAUGCCCAGAUAAGCACUGAGAUGCAGCUAAACGGGGGCCGGGGUGGCUGGAUUGACAUCCGGAACACCGUAGUCACAGGAGGCCCCGGGGAUGACGCCCUCCCUCCUCCUCUGGCGGCCCCUGGCGUCCCUUGGCUUGUGGCCGCCUCACUGCUGGGCACCUGCCUGUCCCCCUUCCUUCUGCACCAGACGCUCCUGUCCCUGCCUCUUAGAGGACACAGGUCCUCUCCCCGCUCUCUUGACUCCAUCCUGGCCGAGAAGACGGUGAUCGUCCUGAAUGACCGCGUCACCAUCGCCGACCUGGGCGUGCAGCUGGUGGCUGGCUUGUCUCUUGCCCUGAAGCCUCACAGAGCGGACAAAAGAGCCAUCGUCUCGAUGGUGGCUGCCCAGGAUGUUCUCCGAGCCCCGCAGCAGCAAAUCCAGUUGAAUUAUAUCAAGGUCACUGUGUCUUUCAAGCAUGCCCGUCCCCACACGACAUCUUGUUGGAUUUUGUUCAGUGAUGGUUCGGUGACACCCUUAGACAUUGAUGAUCCCAUGGAUUUUUCAGUUACUGUGUCAUCAUUGGAUGAAAUGGUGGUGUCUGUCCAGUCAAACUUUCAGUCCCAAUGGCCGGUUGUGGUUGCACAGGGUGAAGGGCAAGGUCCCUUGAUUAAAUUAGAGAUGAUGAUUAGCGAACCCUGUCAGAAGACCAAGAGGAAGAGUGUUCUUGCCGUGGGUAAAGGAAACGUCAAGGUCAAAUUUGAACCAAAUGUUGAUGAGCACCUAGGAGGCACCAACGAUAUCGAGGGCAUCAGUCGGGAAUACAAAGACCUUAAUUCCAUACAGCGUGAAGGAAACCAGGAGAGAGCGGUUCAGGAGUGGUUCCAACAUGGCGCCUCUGUUGGCCAAGAGGAACGUAGCAACAGAAGCACAACCCCACAGUACCCCCUGGAAGGAAAGGAUAAGAAGUUGCUCAAGAGUGGCGGUCCAGACGCCUUCACAAGCCUCCCCACUCAAGGGAAGUUACCGGAACCCAAUAAUCCCAGUGACCUUACAGUGACCUCAAGGGGGUUAACUGAUUUGGAGAUCGGCAUGUACGCUCUGCUCUGUGUCUUCUGCUUGGCCAUUUUGGUCUUCUUAAUCAACUGUGUGGCAUUUGUUUGGAAAUACAGACACAAAAGUUUCGCUGUGAGCGAACAAGGCAACAUCCCCCAUUCCCAUGACUGGGUCUGGCUUGGGAAUGAAGUAGAACUUCUGGAAAACCCCGUGGACAUCACCCUCCCGUCGGAGGAGUGCACAACCAUGAUAGACAGGGGGCUGCAGUUCGAGGAGAGGAACUUCCUUCUCAACGGCGGCUCCCAGAAGACUUUCCAUAGUCAACUACUCUUUUAGAAACAUGACUAGGGAAAAAUCUAGUCCUCUCUUCAAGAUCUGUUUGAUUGUCCUACAAGUUUCAUUACUUGGGCCUUGUCACCUCUUUCCAUUGACUGAGUAUCCAUGC